AUCGCGCGUAAUGUGAAUACGGUGUGUGUGAGAGACGAUCGGUUUUAAAAGUCAAGAUUUGUGUCAUCCAUCAGAUCUUAAGCCAAGGUGUAUCUAAUCCUGUGUUUUCCCUGACGUAUAACAUCGACUUCAAGUUUGACUUCAUAAAAGAAAGAGAUUUCCUCAGACAAAUUGCACAUUCAAGCUGGAUCAAACUCAAAGGUCAAAUGAUGGACAUCGACAUGAACCAAAACGAGGAAGGAGAAGAAUUUGCUCUGAACAAGUUGCAGAGAUGUACCUUUCGUCUGAAUUCUACAGAAUCAAAGGCAUCAGACAAGGCUGAAGCACUCAGGGGGAUACUCAAUCAACUCAACUUUGCCUCUGUUACCAAAUGUAUAUCUGAUGAUGUUGCAGCCAGAUUGAAAACACAUUACACCAGCAUGUACUCUGCCAUCAUUGAUUGUAGCAAUCCAGAGACAGGGCUCAAUAAUUUUGCUGAGGGAGCUCUGGCCUUGUCAUCAAACUAUCCAAAUGAAAGCAGUGAAUGGAGAUCAUCAUUAACCCAAGAUAGCAUUAGGAAUAUGGAUUGUGUUAAAAAUCUUCUUACUGCAUCAAAGAAAUAUAACGAGAUGGCAAGGGACGGUUUGAGGGCAGAUGCUGAGAGUCUUAUUAGGGCAACACACCAACCCGCUCCACCAACUACCUCAAAAUGGCAACAGAAAGCACCGUCUUCCAGCCAUCCUGCAUCAUCUACCAGCAACAUAAGGGGCAUUCAGACAUCAGGGACUGCAUCACUUCCUCCGAGUCACUCUCAAACGUCGUGUGGACUUUCAUCCAAUCCCCUUGUCAACUCGGCGCCCUCAUCAAGGAAUCCUACACCCCUUUUUGCUCCAUCAAGAGACGCCCUUCAGGGUAACCCUCGUUCUCCGAUACAGCAGAUGUCCAGCUUCCCACGUCCAUCUGUGUUGGUUGGAAACCGCCCCCCUUCUCAUCACAGCCUUGCCCCUUCGGCACCCCCUCCUCAGGCUCAGAGGGGUUACACCCCUAUGGGGUCAAACAGGGCGGGGUCAAUGGGGUAUGACCCAACCUCACACAUGGUAAACCUUGGUGUUCUUGGUAUGGGGGAUGGUCCAUCAAGCGAUGGGCAGCCGUCACUGAAGAGGAAACUUGGAGCUUCAGAGAGUCGUCAAGGAUGCUUUAACUCAUACAACAGAGGCCCAAAGCAAUCAGAUGAUGAGGAGAAUGAAGGACGAGGAGGGCAGCUUGGAGGAGGAGCUUUCAAGAGUGCCAGAGACCAACUGAAUAUUAACAAUCAGAAGAAGUUUGGUAACCGUGGAAACCCCAGUUCCGGCCCAUCUUCGUCUGGGUAUGGCACAAAUAGGAAGGUCUUAGGAGUAACAAGGAGAGGACCAAACAGCAAGUUUGUGCCUCCCGUACUCAAUAAAGAAGAAGCUGAUAAUAAUGUUGGUGGGUAUAAAGCUCCAUCUAGAAGCGUGAGUGGUGGUCAUCAGCCCAGUAACCUGAGUAAUAACAACAACCUUCAAGAACCAGCAGAUGAGAGACUCAAGAAUAUUGACCCAAAGAUGGUGGAAUUAGUCAUGAGUGAGAUUAUGGAUCAUGGACCACCGAUCCAUUGGGAUGACAUCGCUGGUUUAGAGUUUGCGAAGAGUACCAUCAAAGAGAUUGUUGUUUGGCCCAUGCUUAGACCGGAUAUCUUCACCGGUCUUCGAGGUCCUCCAAAAGGCCUCCUUCUCUUUGGCCCUCCUGGUACUGGAAAAACCCUUAUUGGAAAGUGUAUUGCAUGCCAGUCAGGAGCAACAUUCUUCAGUAUCAGUGCAUCAUCUCUUACAUCAAAGUGGGUCGGUGAAGGUGAAAAGAUGGUUAGGGCUCUGUUUGCUGUUGCUAGGUGUUACCAGCCUGCCGUCAUCUUCAUUGAUGAGAUCGAUUCCUUACUCUCACAACGAUCCAACGAUGAACAUGAGUCUUCCAGACGAAUCAAGACUGAAUUCCUAGUUCAACUGGAUGGAGCAACAACCAGCUCAGAUGAACGGCUCCUGAUCGUUGGUGCUACAAACCGCCCUCAGGAGAUUGAUGAAGCGGCCCGUAGACGUCUUGUAAAACGUCUCUACAUCCCCUUACCAGAUUCCAGUGCGAGGAAGCAGAUUGUCUGUAGUCUCCUUUCCCAGCAGAGCAAUUCACUAAAUGACGAUGACUUGGAAAGGAUUUGUCAGAAUACAGAAGGUUAUUCUGGUGCAGACAUGGCCAACCUCUGCAGAGAAGCAGCAUUAGGGCCUAUACGAUCUAUACAGGGAAUGGAUAUACAACACAUUAGUGCAGACCAGGUGAGACCAAUCCUGCAUGGGGAUUUUCAGGAUGCUAUUCAAAAUGUGAGACCUAGUGUAGCUCAGUCAGACCUGGACAGCUAUCUAGAAUGGAAUGCUAAGUUUGGUUGCGGAAGUGCAAAAUGAGCUGCACCUAAUGUGAAAAGAUGGAUUGCUAUUCAUAAUGUGGAACGAGUGAAGAUCAGUCAUCAGGUUUGGAUAGCUAUCUAUAAUGGAAUGCUAGGUUUGUUUGCAGGAGAGCAAAAUGAGCUUCCCGACUUUACACCUAGUUUGGUAAGAUGGGAUAUAACUAAGAAUAUUGCCCAAUCAGAUUGGAACAGCUAUCUAGAAUGGAACUCAAAGUUUGGUUGCAUGAGUGCAAAAUGAGCUUCCUGACUUUGCUCCUAGUUGGGAUACGACUCAGAAUGUAGCUCAGUCACACUUGGACAUCUAUCUUCACUGGAAUGUUUAGUAUUGUUGCAGAAGUUCAAAGUGAGCACCUUGACCUUACACCUAGUGUUGAAAGAUGGGUUUAGAAGUCUGAAUUGUCAUUGGAAAGUCAGACCUUGAAACCUGAUAAGAAGUCCAAGUGUGGUUGCAGGAGUGCAAGUUUAACAUUCCUAUUUUCACAACUAUCAUACAAGUAAUGAUGAAAUUGUUUUGCAAGUCCUAAACAGUCUGUGAGCGGAAGGAGAGAUCUGUGAGUCGUGAUUCAGUUUCCGCUUCCAAGGCACAGGUGAUGCCUAACAAAUAAUAAUGACUCUGGCUUCUAGGAAAUGUGCAGAGUUUCUUGCAUAUAUCCAAAUUUAAAAUGCUGGGUUCAGAUCGAGCAGCAAUGGAUUUCAAUGUCCAAUUUCAAUGUCCAAAAGUGAAAUAUUUUGAGAAAAUCAGACUUUACAACAAAUGUCAAGUUUGAUUGCAGGCAAGCAAAAUGAAACAUUUGAAAUUCACACCUUUUAAGCAAGCAUAGAACAAGAGGUAUUUAAGUCCAAGAGUGGUUAAUUUGGAAAGCAGUACUUGUGGUACUACUUAGUUUAAGAUGGACUCAGUUUGAGAAGGGUUGCUAUAUGUUUGUGAGCUCAGACAGGCAGAUAUUGAACAUAAAUCAUUUCUGAGAUGGAAAAUACAUUGUAUUUCUAAAUGAAAGUAGAAUUAUUCGUUUUAAGCUUAAUAAAAGCAUUAUUAGAGAGAGAAGUAUGGGGGGGGGGUAGGAAGAGAUAAAGAAAGAAGGGGCAGUGCAGAGGGGAGAGAGACUUAGGAACCUUUUAUAAUUAUGUACCUUUUCUUCCUUUACUGUAAUCAACCCCUACCACUGUCUAAUCGCAUCACCCACUCACCUGACACUCCUGCACCUUGCACAUCGAUGUCACCGUCAUUAUUGGCAUUAUAUCCUUGGGUUAGUUUCAGGAGAAUCAUUAUCUACCAGUCGAUAUUUAUAUUAUACUCAGGAACAAUGGAAUAAUUUCAACAACAUUUAUGUCAAUUUUAGCCGAGAGUAAAGAAAUGUUCUGAGAUAUAUUGCAAUUAUUUUCUGAUGAGCUUUAAUCAACAUUACCAUUCAUCAGACAAAAUUUUGUAACCACUCUGGACAGAAAAUAUAAAUUCAUUACACAAAAAUUACCAUUAGGUCUAUCCCUUGUUUCAAACUGUCUAUUCAGUGAGUAGCCUCCACACUGCUUUUUCAAAAUUCUAUUUUGGUCAUUAACAUUAAUUUUAAAAUCAAGGUCAUUCAAAAUGAUAUUCAACAUGUUAAGAACCAUCAAUUAAAAUACAAUAAACAAGUCCAUUAAGAUUUAUCUGAAUGUAUCAGACAUAAUGAAAUGUGAGUAUAUUUUCAUGUGGGUAUCAAAAUGGAUGCCAUAUCUGAUAAUUUAUGCCAGAAUUGAUUGAUGGUAUCAGACCUAUAAGGAUGUGAUGACAUUAACAUGAUGAAAACUUUCGUUUAAAUAACAAUGGUUGAAUGGCCAGACCAGGAUCUAAUGGAGUAUCCCUGUAUAUUAGCUCUUAUAUUUUAUCAUGAUUGUCAGUCACUUCAUUAUGUAAAGUGCAUCUAAAUAUGUUCAAUUGAUAUCUCCCUCAGUGGUUUAAUA